CUGUAUUUCAUUUAUGUUUUAAAUUUGGAUCCAUAACAAUGGUUUUACCCUCUAUAAUCGGUGCAGUUCAACCUAUUCACUCAGCAGAUGCAAGAUGGUUGGGGACUGGCAACUGAUGGAAAAAUCUUGUAUGGAAGUGAUGGUACUUCAACUCUGUAUCAGAUUGAUCCUGACACAUCAAAAGUCAUAGGAAAACACAUUGUCAAAAACAAUGGGUCAUUAUGUCCGUUACCUCAAUGAGUUGGAGUACAUAAUGGCGAGGUCUGGGCAAAUGUUUAUCAGGUAUAAACCUAUUUUGUACUCACAACUCUUAUAUUCUCUCAUUGAGAUUGUUGUUUCUCAGGAGCUUUGAUCGCGCUCCUUUUUUUGUAUGAUGACACUCCUCUUUAGAGUACUCUCAAAGCUUUUUCUUCUACUUUUUUUUUCUUUUUUACAAUUGUAAUUUUAGGGGAAAGAAAAAGGAAAUGAGCAC